GUCAUUGGGGCCGUGGUAGACGUCCAGUUCGAUACCGCGCUGCCGCCCAUCCUGAAUGCCCUGGAAGUGCAGGGCUUCGAGCAUCGCUUGGUUCUGGAGGUAGCCCAGCACCUUGGAGAGAACAUGGUGCGCACCAUCGCCAUGGACGGCACAGAUGGGCUGACCCGAGGUCAGUUGGUAGAAGACACUGGUGCCCCUAUCACCGUGCCCGUGGGCGAGCAGACGUUGGGUCGCAUCAUCAAUAUCAUUGGGGAGCCCAUUGAUGAGCUUGGCCCUAUUGAUACCAAGAAGUUCUACGCCAUCCACAGGCCCACGCCAACCUUCACCGAGAUGAACACCACGGCCCAGCAGCUUCUGACGGGUAUCAAGGUGGUCGAUUUGUUGGCGCCGUAUGCCAAAGGAGGAAAGAUCGGUCUCUUCGGCGGCGCGGGCGUGGGAAAGACAGUUGUCAUCAUGGAGCUGAUCCACAACAUUGCCCUCAAGCACGGUGGUUAUAGCGUGUUCGCUGGAGUGGGUGAGCGCACCCGUGAGGGUAACGACCUGUACCACGAGAUGAUGGCCAGCGGCGUCAUCAA